UGAACCUUGCGUUUGUGGCCUGGCCGCGCCCACAAGACGGGAUCUUUUCCUCCCGGGGCUCCCCGACUCCGACGUGUUCCAUGUCGUAUCCGACCGAAUAAUUGAUUCUCCACCCGGCUAAUUCGCCCGCGUUAGCUCCAAGAUUUUUCCUCCUCCUUCGUUGUCCUCCCCUGUUGGUUGGUGCCGGGUUUUUUUGGCGAGCGGCGGAGCCACAGAAAUGGAGGGCAAGAGCGGCGCCUAAUUUUAGCGGCGGGGAGGGGAGCGAAGCCUGGGCAGCCACUCGCCGGCCUCCAAGAAACCGCAGGGAUCUGUUCAUCUGAGUGCCGCUGAAUUCGAUUUCUUUCUUUUCUACUUUCUUGGAGAACCAAUUCGAUUUGGUUUCGGGAGAAGGGAGAGGAGGAUGCAGUGGGCUGGUGUGAGGUCCUCGUCUCCGGCGCCGACGGCGGCGUGGAUGGGCCGGAGGCCAAGGACCGCGAGGUGGCCGCGGGGUAGGCUCCCCGCGGCGCGCCGGGCGGUUGUGGCAUCUGCAGCGGCCUCGGACGCGAAUUCGAGCUCGAAUUCGCCCGGGAAGGACGAGGAGAGGGAGGAGGUGGCGCGGAGGGAGAAGGAGGAGAAGGCGGCGGCGUCGCUCCUAAUGAGGAGCCAGAAGUACGCCAUGCUUAAGCAGCAGCUCGCCGUGGCCGCCCAAUUCGAGGAUUACAAGGAAGCAGCGAGGUUGAGGGACUCGCUGAGGUCGUUCGAGGAGGAGGAGCCCGUGCUGCGCCUCCGCGGGUUGAUGAGGAAGGCCAUCGAGGAGGAGAGGUUUGAGGAUGCUGCUAAAUAUAGAGAUGAAUUAAAGAUUUUGGCUCCACACUCCCUCCUCAAAUGUUCUAGUGACGCUACAACUCUGGGGAUAAGGGUUCAAGUCAGGAGCGUCUAUAUUGAAAGCCGGAGCCAGCCAUUGAAGGGCCAAUUCUUUUUUGCUUAUAGGAUCAGAAUCACAAAUAAUUCUCAGCGCCCUGUUCAGCUUCUCAGAAGACAUUGGAUUGUCACAGAUGGAAAUGGAAGGACGGAGAAUAUUUGGGGAGUUGGUGUAGUGGGAGAGCAACCUGUCAUAUUUCCAAGGACUGGUUUUGAGUACUCUUCUGCGUGCCCAUUGAGCACUCCAAAUGGAAGAAUGGAAGGCGAUUUUGAGAUGAAGCACAUUGACAAGGCUGGAUCGUCAACGUUCAAUGUCGCAAUCGCACCAUUCUCUCUAUCAAUUCUUGGGGAUGACAAUGACGUUCUCCUCUGAACGCGAUUGGACGUGAUACUGAGAUUUAAACUAGCCACACGAGCACAAGUAGUUGCUGUUAGCGAUAUAGUUGAGUGCAGUGUUCAGGUUUCAAAGUUCUGCUGAAGCCAAAUGCCCUGGCGCAAGUGCAUGGAAUGUUGCGUGUGGACCACGUGUACUUCUAUUGAGGCAACACCAGGACAUCAUAUCGUUGGAACUUCAAGUGUACAGGAUAGAACUAUAGAGCUUGCUAUCGUGUAAUACGCUCUCUUGUUUUCCCAACACCAUAGUGAUCAUGGCUUUUUUUAUUAUACUCCAUUUAAGAAUGUAUAAUUUGUAUAUGACAUAUCUUUUUGUAUGUGACUUUCGAUCUUUAUA